UACUUAAAACUUUUUUCCAACGACCCACAUUUUGACUUUUUGGAGAAUUAAAACGUUUUGCACCUUCGUCUCUCUUUCAUUCCCAAUUUUUCUUCAUAUUUUUUUCCUAAAGUGAUUGAUCUGAGAUUCAAAGCCUUUCUAUUCUUGACGACGUAUUCUUCUACAUAAGAAAAGUCCUUUUUGGAAGAGGAAGAGCUGAAGCAUUUUGUGAAUCAUAAUAGCUUGUAAUAUGCAAGGAACUGGCCGAUAAUGUUGGACCUAAUUGACUACUUUUCAUUGGACUUCUUCUUGUGAGAGGAGUUGACUAACAUGAUUCCCACUAAUAGCUCUAUUAAUGGGCAGAAAGAUGUAAGAGUUCAGGGACAAAGCUCUAAUUUGGCAAGCAGUUGCAGACAUGAUUUUGGGAUGACUUCUCUACCAAGCAAUUUGAUGGGAAAUGACACCAUCAGCGACUCUCAGGAUCAUGAAGCUAUGGAGCUAUAUUCACGUGCUAAAGCAAAACAGGAAGAAAUUCUAUAUCUUCGGGAACAGAUUGCUCUUGCCAGUGUUCGGGAAUCACAGCUCUUGAAUGAGAAGUAUGGACUUGAGAAGAAAUUUUCUGAACUACGCAUGGCGCUAGAUGAGAAGCAAAGUGAAGCAAUAAUGUCUGCCUCAAACGAACUGGCCCGCAGGAAAGGUGAUCUUGAAGAAAAUUUAAGAUUAGUCAACGAGUUAAAGGAUACAGAGAAUGACAGAUAUAUUUUUAUGUCAUCCAUGCUUGGAUUAUUGGCUGAAUAUGGCAUCUUUCCUCGUGUGGCUAAUGCCUCUAGUCUGACCAACAAUGUGAAGCACUUACACGAUCAACUGGAGAUGAAGAUCAGAACUUCACAUGCAAAAAUUGCACAAUUAAAUUCCAUGGUGACACAUCAUGCUAGAGGUGGAUCUUUUGAUAUGGAAUCACCUCAUUCUAGUUCCAUAAACAAUCAACUUCCAAGUGGUUCUAUGGGUAUGCCUGAAUAUCCAUCCUUUAAACAGUACAUUGAUGGAAAACAUAAUGAAGCAGUUGAUACCAGAUCAAGAGAUGGGCAAGCCAGUCUACAUUUACCAGCUGAAAGCUUGCGGCUCAAUCAUGAGAUGCAUCAGCAAGCAAAUAUUGGAAGUCAUUUCGAAAUCUCAUCCAAUACUGAUAGGGAUGUUCCCUUUCCCAGUAAAGAUAACUUGUUUGAUAGAAAUGGGGUGAAUGAGAGAUUUGAGGAGAGCACCGAUGAAAACCGUCAUAAUCCUCGUAUGGGAAAUGAGAUGGGUGGUUCUAUUAGUUCAGAAGGGGAAAGUCCUGGAAUAGAAAAUUUUCAAAUAAUCGGAGAAGCUAAACCAGGAUGCAGAAUUUUGGGUUGUGGGUUUCCUGUACGUGGAACUUCUCUUUGUAUGUUCCAGUGGGUCCGUCAUUAUCCUGAUGGUACAAGGCAGUAUAUUGAGGGUGCCACAAAUCCUGAAUAUGUAGUUACUGCUGAUGACAUUGAUAAACUUAUAGCUGUUGAAUGCAUACCGAUGGAUGACCAGGGACAUCAGGGGGAACUUGUCAGACUUUUUGCCAAUGAUCAAAACAAAAUAACAUGUGACCCAGACAUGCAAUCAGAGAUAGAUACCCAUAUUUCUGAAGGCCAGGCCACGUUUAAUGUUCUAAUGCUUGUCGAGUCUUCUGAGAACUGGGAACCAGCGAUUAUAUUUUUGCGGCGAUCAAGCUUCCAAGUCAAGGUUCAUAGAACACAAGCUGUUGUAAUAGCAGAAAAAUUUUCCAAAGAGUUGUCGAUCAAAAUUCCAAGUGGGUUGUCAACACAGUUUGUUAUCACAUGUUCCAAUGGGUCUUCACAUCCCUUCAGUACAAACAAUGAUAUAAGAAUGCGCGAUACUCUUGUGCUGACGAUGAGAAUCUUCCAAAGCAAGGCAUUGGAUGAGAAGAGGAAGGGGAAAAUAUAAACCUUUACUUUCUGUAUAGGUGCAUUAUUCAUGGCCAUUGUCAUUCUUUAUAUGAACCAAUAAAAAUAAAAAGUUAACAAUAAGCAGCAGGCUUUUGAUAAACAGUUUUGUUGAACUAGGAAGAAAGAUAGUUUCCCCCCCCCCCUCCUUUUGUCUUUCUAAAUUUUGUUGUUGUAAACUUGUAACUUUAAUCGGUGCUUACGAUUGCACCGUGUUAUAUCAUUGUAUUAGAUUGUCUUUUUUUCCCUUUGGCGUGACUUGUCGAUUUUGUAUCCUUUUGUUGUAUUUAUCAGAAAUCAGAAUUAGUGGUUGAUUGAA